AUGAGAACGUCCCUCUUUUACGCCCUUAACGGCGCUCUUGGGGUUGUAGCCCACGAUUCGCUUGCCUACUUCAAGAUAGAUUCCGGCAAGGAAGAGUAUCACCGCUCUCUUGACGGUUGUGGGAAGCAUGGCAAGCACAAGUGGGUUCCUGACCCCUCCACCUUUGUCUUUCCUCAGCACGACUACAAGCCUGGCAACUCCUGGGAUCUCUGUGUCGACUCAGCUCACUGUGCCCCUCACGAGGCUUUGAGCAAGGUCUACUUUGAUUUCAAGGACAACGCCAUCGUCUUCGACUUCAAGCACAUCGAGCACUACAAGUACGAAGAUGUCGUCGUCUACAUCGAGCGUGGUAAGCCUCCUGGCGAGCACUCUCAGAAGUACAGCAAGGAGAGCGACCACUGCGUGAUCCUCCACGACUACAAGCAGGCCAAGUGUCAAAUCCCCUACUUCUCCCUGGCUGAUGGUGGCUCAUACGACGAACUUUGCCCUAUCAAGGAUAACGGCGGCUGGAGACUCUACAUCAAGAUCAAGGCCAAGAUUUCUCAUGGUUACAAGAAGUAUGGUCUCUACAGCCGUGCUGGCGAUAUUCACGAGAAACACUUCACUCUCAGCUACACCUGUGCUGAAUGCAAGGAUUACAAGCACGAGGGUAAGUACGAGCUUCUCGAGGAGGGUCAUGAGAGGGAGAAGAAGUACGACGGGUACAAGGACGAGAAGAAGUACGACGAGUACAAGUACGAGAAGGGAGACAAGAAGUACAAGCGCGGCAUCAAGGAUUACGACGGGGAGAAGUACGAUCAUGAGCAUCAUAAGCAUCACCAUAAGCAUUAUGAUCACGGUCAUCAUGGCUAUGAUCAUGACGAGCAUCAUUACGAUCAUCACAAUAAGCAUCACGAUGAGGGCUAUGACCAUGAGCACAAGUACAAACAUCACGACCCCUACAAACAUGAACAUGGCAAGAAUUACGAGCACGGUCAUUACGAUAAUGAGUACAAGCACUAUGAUCACGGUCACCACCAUGGCCACCACGGGGACUACAAGCACCACGAGCACUACGAACCCAGCCGUCAUCAUGAUUUCAAUGCCUUCCUGAACAGCUACUUUGACAAGUACGGUCACCACGAUUACAACAACGGAAAGCACCACUAUAAGCACCACGAUGGAUACAACCACCACCACGCCCGCGGUUUAGAUGCUGAGGAGACCAAGAAUGGUGAGAAGAGCGAAAAGCUUGAGCAAAAGUCCGAGGACGAGAACAAGCACAAGCACAAGCACCAUCAUCAUGGCCAUCACCACGAUCACAAGCAUGACCAUCUCCACAAGCAUCGCCACAGCCACUAUGAUUAUCAUCACUAUGAGCAUUACGAUCCUGAUUACUACUAUCAUCAUGAGUACAAGCAUCACGAUCACAAGAACCAUGGCCACAAUGAUUACAACAACUAUGAUCACAAGAACUACGACCAUAAGGGCUAUGAUCAUAAGCACCACGAUCACAAGGACUACGGCCAUAAGAACUACGAUAACAAGGACUACGGCCAUAAGGAUUAUGAGAACAGGCACCACGAUAACAAGGACUACGGCCACCAUCAUGACCAUCACAAGCAUUAUGAGCACCAUGAUCCUAGCUACCAUCAUGAAAACCACAAGUACCACGAGCACUACGAUCCUGGCUACCACCAUGGCCACCAUAAGCACCACGAUUAUAAGCACGGCGACAAGUAUGAUCACCACCAUCACUCCAAGCGAUCUUCCCACCAGUAUCAGCACCAUGGCAAGCAUCAUGAAGAACCACCUGUCACGGUUUACUACAAGGAGAAGGCUGAGGAUGUGAACGCCCAGGCCAACCAUGUGAUUUAUGAGAAGGAACAGAAGCACGAGAUCCCCGCCCACAUCUACAAGAAGCUCGCCGAGGCUAGCAAGAAGCACCAGUACGAUCAUGAGAAGAAGCAUGCUCACGAGCACACCCACAAGCAUAUUCAUGAGGAUCACAAGCUUGCCGAGGAGAACUAUCACCAGAUGAAGCUCGCUGAAGCCAAGCUCUCCCAGGCCAUCGAGGAGUACUAUGCCAUUCGCUAUGGAAAGCAGCACAACGAGGCACAUGGUCACAACAAGCAUGAGUACCACCACAAGAAGCCCGAGCAUAAGCACUAUGACGAUGGUCAGUACGUUCACAAGGAGCACAAGCCUGUCCACGAGCAUCACUACGGUCACUACGAGCACAAGCCUGAGCACCAUCAACACCACGGUCAUUACGAGCACAAGCCUGAGCACCACCAGCAUCAGGGCCACUAUGAGCACAAGCAGCACAAGCCUGAGCACAAGCAUCACUAUGGCCACCAUGAGCACAAGCCUGAGAAGGGGUACUACGAGAAGAAGGAAUUCGAGCAUAAGAAGGAGAAUGAGCAUAACAAGUACAGCCAUGCCGUUUACGAGCACAACAAAUACGAGCCCGAGAAGCAACACUAUCAGCACCAUGAGCACAAGGAGUAUGAGCCUUCCAAAUAUCAUCAUGCUCACCACGAGCCAGGCUACUACCACGAUAAGAAGGAGUCCCACAAGCACUACAAUCACGAAGAUAGAAAUUUCCAUGUCGCUUUUGAGAAGCUCUGGAAGGAGAAGGCCAGCCAUCAGCAAAAACAGAAUGAGAAGUAUGCGGCGGUUCACUACGAGCAGCAUCCUUACAAGUACGGCCACUAUUCCAAGCGCUCUGCCCUUACCGGUCACGGUGAUGAGGUGGUAGAGAUCGACACUGCCAAGGUUGACAAGUACAUUGCGAACGCUGAGUACAGCAUCAACGACGGUAUCAGCAAGGCCAUCUACAAGGCCAUCAACUCUGCUGGCGAGGAUCCCACUACCGGAACUAUCAUCAAGUUCUACAAGAAGGUUGAGAAGGCUAUCAAGUACAUCGUCUUCAAGAACCUCAAGAAGGCUGUCGACCAUAUCACCCACGUCGACGGUAUCAGGGAGCCUGAAUCCCAUGAGGUAGACAAGAAGAUUUACAAGGCUAUUAAGCAUAUCCUCGAAGCUGCUGAUGAGAUCUUCACAAAGACCAUUAAUGCUCUUGGCGAAGAUCCCACUGAGAAGGAGGUCGAAUAUGCGGUCGCCAAGGUUGAGAAGCUCCUCGCCCGGGUUGUCGACAAGUACGUUCGAGAGGCUAUCAUCGAAAUUUUCGACUUGGAGUAUAUCACCGAGAAUUCUUAUGGCUACUAUGAGAAGCACGAGAAGUACGAGAAGCGCCAGGUCCAGAACGCUACUGAGUCCGCUGUCAAUGCUACUGCUACUGCCGCCAACACCACUGUCGAAGCCGCCAGCAAGAAGGAAGACCAGGCUGCUAACAGGUUCAUGAGACUUUUUAUGCGCCAGGAUUCUCAGAACGCUACUGCUGUCAACACCACCGACAACGCGGCCAAUGCUACUCUGGAAGCUGUCAACGCUACAGCGGCGAAGACCGCCAAUCGUUUCAUGAAAUUGUUCAUGCGACAGGACUCCCAGAAUGCUACUGCUGUCAACGCCACUGCUGAUGCUGCUAAUGCUACUGAGACCCAGACUCUUAUGAGAUUCAUGAGGCGUCAGGAGACUUCUGUCAAGAACGCUACUGAAGCUUCCAUCAACGCUACCGCUCAAGCUGUCACUGAUGUUGCUGAGGCUGUCAAUGCUACUGUGGAGGCUGCCAAUGUCACUGAGACUCAGACUCUCAUGAGAUUCAUGAGACGCCAGGAUCAGAAUGCUACGGAUUCUGCUGCUAAUACCACCACCCAGGCCGUCGCUGAUGUUGAGCAAGCUCUGAACACCACUUCUGGAACUGCUAAUACUACUGAGUCUCAACACAGCAAGCGUGUUACAGUCCACGUUUACCCUGACGGCAAAAUGGUCGUCGGCCAGCCAAAGAUUUUCCAAUGGGAGGGGGCGUACCACCCUAUAAAAUUUGUUGGAAAGAAGAAUGACAAGCGAGAUGGGGCCAAGUUCUACAACGGAUACGUUCCCAAGUGCAAGGGCAAUGUCGUCAAGGCCUACGGUAUCGACGGUCACCACUCUGGUCCCACGAAGGAGUUUGCCCAAGAUACACAUCCCGGCACUUGCUAUAAGCACCACGGUGAAUAUGUUCGCUACGGCUACCAAGAGCUUCGCAAUACAGUGUACGGAAAGCUCUACGAGUCUAACGGUGGUGAUAAGAAGUUUGGCAACUACUUUAUCGAGUUGGCCAAGGGCCGCGACAGCUAUGCCGAGGAGAUUGUCGUCUCCAUUGAUAUCCACGACAAGUAUCAGUACGAGGUCAGUGAGGCUAAGGUCUAUGUCGGCUGCGGGCCAGGCGAAGACGACCACUAUGGAAGCAACAUCUGCUCCGAGAAGACAUAUCCUUACGUGUCUGUUGCCGAGAAGGGACUCAACGAGUUUGUUUUUGCUUUCCCCGACAUGCACCGCUGCCACGAGUACUUUUUCGUCAUUGUUGUUGACUUUUGUGACAACAAGUACUCGUCCUAA